AUGGUGGAGGUCACAGAAAUGUACAAGAACGUCCAGGAAAAGGGCAUGCUUGCGUACGCGGCCCCCUCGCUCUUUCAGCCGCACCACGCGCGCCAGGCCAUCCGGGACGCCCACGAGAAGAAGAUUGGUCCUCUGCUGGGCUACUACGCCGGUCUCUCCUCGGUGCCCAUCACACGAAUGCUCGCGCCCAUGAAUUAUGACUGCGUGUGGGUCGACUGGGAACACACGUCGUGCAACGUCGAGACCAUGACCGAGAUGGUCCACCAAGCCAUCUUCAUGAGCCAAGGGCACACCAUCCCUUGGGUGCGUGUGCCUGGCCAUGACCACGCUGCCAUUGGGUACGCCCUGGACGCGGGUGCCUCCAUUGUCGUACCACAGGUCGACACGGUCGAGCAGGCCAAGCACGUCGUGUCCGCAGCCAAAUUUGGCGCCAAGAUUGGAGGAUCCCGAUCCGCGCCACCCUUCCGACUGAUUCCUGGUCUCACGGAUCAAUCCUACCAUCCGCACAAGGAUGUCUUUGCGGCUGUCAACGACCAGGCAGCCAUCAUGAUCCAGAUCGAGUCUCUCGAGGCCAUCAACAACCUCGACGACAUUCUGACCGAGGUCGGUGAGCACAUUGACAUUGUCUGGCUGGGCUCGCUGGACGCCCGUAUCAGCAUGGGUCUUCCAGGCCAAUUCGGCUCGGGUGGGGAGCCCGAGUGGCUCGCCGCCAGGGACAAGUUCUUCCAGGUCAUCCAAAAGCACGACAAGCCCUAUGGCGGGUUUUCCAUUGGCUCAGCACCCUUUGGUACUCUGGACACGAUUCGCCAGGCGUCAGAGCGGAUGUCGUUCAUGGUCGUCUCGGGGGACGUGUUGCAUCUGAUGGCGAUGCAAAAGGAUCUGGCAGAUGCCCGAUCUGUGGCUGGCGAUUUCGUUCAGGGGAGUAAUGGGAAGUCCGCAGCGAACGACAGUAAUGGUGUAUGA